ACUUAAAUCCUGGUACGUUACAAUCAGUGUUGGUAAACGUUAUCGAUAGGCUAUUGCAGAAUGCACCGAAAUCGGCGCGCUUUAUUCGAUAGCUCAAUCGUUCCCCGCGAACCAGUUCUUUUAGUAAAACAACAAACUCAUCUCCCACAUAGAAAACAGAAAAUUACUAUUUAAUCGUUUGUUAGUCUUUUUUUCGGCAUAAAAAUUUAACUAAAUUAUGCCUGUGUAAUGCUAGAAAACAUUUCGUUGUGUGUGAUCAAGAUCGAAACGGACUUGGAGCCCAGCGCAGAUUCCGAGGGAGCCGUGUCCGCCGAACAUCCCACCAAUCCUCGUGUUCUUAAGGAGCGGGAACGCGAUCGCGGACUGCGCUUGGCCCGCGAUAUCACCAUCGAAACCUACAUCAACCAGCGUUGGACGCGGGAAUUUAGUGCUCCGAAGGAUCAGGAGACGGAGGGCAGCAAGAUGAACUGGGCGGCGGCCCUGCAGCACGUGAACAGUCCCACGGCGGGCAGUUCCCGGGAAACCACUCCUCGUAACGGCGAUGAAACCCAGACGGGCGGUCCACAGGUCACCUCCUCCAAGUUCCCCCAUGAGAUCGGUUACUUCUCCGGCAAUCCCAUCGUCGAAGUGACCAAGGGCCUUAUCCAUCUCUACAAGAAAAACGAACGAAAAGCCAUCAAGGAGGCUCCAUCCAACCAGCUCUGCCUGCUGGCUGUGCCAGCCACUCUUAACUGCCACGAUCUGCUGAACUUUAUCGCUCCCUGCCAUGCAGAGAUCAAACACGUCCAGAUUGUCCGCGACGGCAGUCCCAAUCAAUUCAUGGUGCUGCUGGAAUUCCGUUCUAAUGAAUCAGCUCUUGAGUUCUACAAGUCUUACAAUGGGAUUGCUUACAACUCCCUGGAACCGGACUCGCUGUGCCACGCGGUCUGGGUCUCGGCGGUGGAGAGGAGCGAACAUGGAGCACCGCCAAUGGGACACACUGAGCUGCCCACCUGUCCAGUGUGCCUGGAGCGCAUGGACGAAAGCGUGGACGGAGUGCUGACCAUCUUGUGUAACCACGCCUUUCAUGCCAGCUGCUUGAUGAAGUGGGGCGAUUCCACUUGCCCUGUGUGCCGCCACGUCCAGACCCCCGAGCUCGUCGAGGAUUCCGUGUGCAUGGAGUGUGAGGGCACCGAUUCGCUGUGGAUUUGCCUGAUUUGCGGACAUGUCGGCUGCGGCCGCUAUCAGGGAGGACAUGCUGCCGCCCACUACCGGGCCACUAACCACACCUUCGCCAUGCAACUGGGCACUUCAAGCGUUUGGGACUACGCCGGCGACAACUUCGUACACCGCUUGUUUCAGAACAAGUCCGACGGGAAGCUGGUGGCCUCCCAAACUGAGAAAGACGAGCGCGAGGAGAAGAUUGACUCAAUGCAGAUGGAGUUUACUUACUUACUAACUUCGCAGCUGGACACACAACGAAAAUACUACGAGGAGCGAAUGGAGAGGCUUGAGCAAGAGUGGCAGACCUUCAAGUCGAACGCCAACGAGGCCAAGACAGAAGUCUCCGAGCUUCAGCAUCUCCAACAGACCAUGCAGAAGGAGAAGGUCAAUCUGGAGCGCAAGCUGACCCAACAUACAACGAAGCUCAAGGAGGUGCAAAAGCAACUGAACGAGGAACGGGAGCUGUCCAAGGCCCUACAGACCAACCAGAGCUCCUGGCACGGCAAAUACAAGAUCUUGGAGCAGCAGUACAACGAGUUCAAACACAAUCAUGACGCCGAGGUUACCGAUCUAAAGGAACAGCUUCGCGACGUAAUGUUCUUCCUGGACAACCAGCAGAAGAUGGCCAACUCCGAGUUGGCUGGCGCCUCCAUCACUGGCAUCGGAGAAAAGGAGCCGGAUCCAAAUUCAAGGCGCGGCAAUCGUCGCAAUAAGUAAAUCCUACCUAUCACACACCAUUUACACAUAAAUGUAUUUUGAUUCGAGCUGCAUUGUUACCCGAUCUGCAAACCGAAUAUAUAAGAUUAAUAACGGCUCUAUAUGUGAUUUCCUUUGUGAAGCAAAAACCCAAGGAUAUAAUAUACCUAGUGUACACGUACUUUUACUUUAAGCUAAUUGAAAAACAUAUUUCUGAAAUAUAUUGCGUUUUUAUUUCGAAUUAAUUAAAAGUUUGUCAAGAAA